AUGAAAGAAUCCACGGCGAUGGAAACAAACAAAAGUGUGGUCGCGACAGUUGCGCAAGACUACGAGGUAUCGGAAAUACAGUGCAGCGGGGCGAGCUCGAGCGCGGACCUGUUGACCGCCAAGGUACGCCGGCCCAUUGGCUUCAGGGGCGGUCCGCUCUUCGCCGACGACAGGGCCGCCGAUCCGCUUCACGAUCCCCACUGCCAGAUCAGGCCCGAUCCCACCGAUCCCCAAGAAGACAACUACUUCCUCAAAGUAACGGACUUUACCCGCUGCGGCAUACUCAAGCGCAAUGGCUUCAUUCACCUGAGGAUAUGGUUCCCGGCUUUUCCCGGUGUCGUCAUGCUCGCCGACCAAGAGCUGAUCCUCAUGUGCCGUCCACCCGAGCCCACCCUCCUUAGGCACAAGGCCGCUGGAUUCGCCGGCACCUUUCCGCACGGGGCUCGAGUCUCGGGGGUGGUCGAGGAGACUCCCGGCCGGCUCGAGUACGAGGUAGCCCUGUACCGGGAGGCGAGCGGGGGCACGAAUGGCACCCUGGAACCCGGUAUUCCCGGUAUCGGUGGCAACAGCGUGUCCCAGACGGUCGACCAGGCCGUGCCGAUCGGGACGAAGCUCCAGUUGCGGGCGCGCAUCAGCUCCGAGAGCGCCUGGGGCUUCAUAAAGCUGAUCGAGGUGACCGUGAGCCCGGACCCCGACCAGCCCCACGCCCCGGGCAGCGUCGUCCUCGUAAAGGACGGCUGCAGGAACCGGGACUUCUCGUCCAUCAUACCCCACCAGCCGGCCCGCUACCGCGACCGCAAGAACGAGGUCUUCCUCGACUUUGAGGCCUUUUUGCUAAGCUCGAUGCGCGACCGGUCCACCCUGUGGAUACACUCGCAGAUAAAGGCGUGCAUGGAGCCCCAGGACUGCCAGCCGGACUUUUGCUUGGACCUGUUCGAGCCAUCGGGUCACGGGAGGAGGAGGAGGACUACUGGAGCCGAUCCGCACAACGCGACGGGGGUUUACUACCCGAGGACGGGACGGCUCAUCCAGCGGUACAACGACUCGACGCCCACGACCAAGUUCAAGGAGAACAUCGAGUACACCGUCAUCAUGCCGGACGAUCUGUACGAGCGAGUGGCGGCUAAUCUCGAGGGUAGCUGCGGUACUUUCCUCUACGUGGCGUCGGGCCUGGGCUCGUUGCUCGUGCUCUCGGCCCUUAUGAUGUGCUACCUGGCGUCCCGGCUGCACAGCAUGUCGAUGGCCCCGCCCAUCAUGCGGACCAAGUCCAUCGACGACCUCGUCAGGGACAGAGCGGCCCUACCCGGGAAGUACUGCGUGCAAGGCUACACCGGCCGCUCGACAUGCCAAUAGAGUAUAUAUAUAUAUAUAUGUAACAGUUG